UCUCGAUCGAGUAAAGACGCCGCCGCCAUCGCUCCUCGUGGGCAAAAUAUUUUUCCAGUCAAAGAAAGUAACCUACGCGAGGCAGUGCUAGGGUUUAUGCGGCGAGCGGCAGGCUAUGGCUUGCGCGCGCCAGUGAUCCACGCUAGCAGGACUGUAAUCCUCUCAAGAUGCUGCUCCGGAUCGAGCGAGGGGGAUUUGGCUUGCUUGUUCGACGCUCUGGAUGCCAGACGCGGGCAAUGCGAGGAAGCUGUGGCCGAUUGGAUGUCUCGUGGGAAUGCUCUCACGCCAGAUUCCGUGGGGAGCAUCUUCGAUCAUCUCACUGGGCGCAAUCGCUACAAGGAAGCUCUCAAGGUGCUCAAACUCGUUCGAGAGAACAACGUUGUGGAGCUGAGCGUGAAGAAUUGCAUCAAAGAGCUUACGCUACUCUGUCGGCAGCACGCUCCUAUUCCAGCUGAAGUGAUCUUCUUGAGCCUCCCGGAGUCCAUGAAAACCGAGGAGCUCAUCGCCGCCUUUGUCAUCAGCUUGGCCAAGCAAAAGUCCUGGAGCCGAGCGGAAGUUUACAAGCAGCAACUCACCACAAUCUCUCCCGAGGUGGAGGACGCGAUGAUCUCUCUCUACUUCUCCAAGGAUUUCCACGACCGAGCUCUUGCGUCCUACCAGAGAUUGAGGUACUCGGGCAUCAAGCCAAUGCUUCACACUUACUUGACGCUUCUCAAGUGCAAGGAGAGAAUUGGAGGUCUCGGAGGACUCGAAAGAGAAGCACUGGCAGCUGCGAAGAGUGUGGACCUCAGCACUGCGAAUGAAAGGGAUUUGGCAAACUUGAUGGAGAUCCAUGGCUACUUGCAUGAUCCGGACAGUGUGGGAGCAAUCUGGAGCAUCGUAAAGCAAAGAUCACCGCGUCUCCUCCACGAUAGCUACGCUGCCGCGAUCAAAGCUUUCGGACUGGUUGGAGAAGUCGAGAAGGCGGAGGUGGUGCUGGAAGAAACGAUCGCGAGCAAGAGUGUGAGGUAUGGGAUCAAUCCAUAUCACGGGAUCAUCGAAGUCUACGCGAGGGUGGGAUUGCUCGACAGGGCCGAGGAGACGCUGCGAAGAAAGACGGACAACUCGGUGUUCCAGCCAUUCAACUCCUUGAUCCUGGGAUAUCUCGCGCGGAACGACAUCGCCAGAGCUUUGCAGCUGCUGGAAGAGGGAUGGGAGAAGCGGCAGAUCGAUUCGAGCUUGGGUUACCUGACGACGAUCAAGCUCUUGCGCGUCUUCGCGGCGAGAAGAGACGUGGGAAGCGCCGAGAAGCUCAUUGCCAUGUAUCGCAACCGCGGCGAUUCCACUCUUUGCAACGCGAUCGUCAAUGUCUAUGCCGCAGCGCAGCAGCCACCGAAUUUCCAGCUCCUGCGAACGCUCAAGAUCAAUCCUCCGUGAUCGAUGGAAUGGAAUUACACGUGUCGACACGUGUCAUACUUUUAUGA